AUGCCCCCUCGUAUUCCUCCUGCGGCAAGAAAUAAUGCAGUGGUGCAAUACAAAGCCAUUUUGGCGACCUCUCUCGCGUUCUCGCGCACCCUCAAUUCUAGGAAUAUCGAAUUUCUUUGUGGCAGACAUCCCGCGCCUCAGUUCCCUGUUUGGUUUGUGCCGGAUGAUGACGAGGAUGAUGAGGAUGAAAAUGAUGGUGAUGAUCCCGAGGAGAUCAUACAGCCGCCUGAAGAGCAGCCUACUAAGGAAGCUCCAGAAAACCAAGACAAUCAAAACGAGGACGACGAAGCAGCUGGGGCAGGGCAGGCGAUAUUUCUUUCGCAUCAACCGUCCCACAGAAGGACGCUGAAGGGGUAA